AUCCAAAGGUUCUUCCUCACCAACAAUACAAUCGUCUUUCUGACGCUGACGAAAAAACCCCAGCUACCUAAUUUUUUUGCUGAUGCGUAUUGUUGAAUUACUUCCCACUUUUCACCUCUCCCCACCCUUCCAUCUUUUGAUGACCCGUAUCUAAUCGAUAUACCUCCUACAGUACCCAAUGUUGCGUCAAGGUGUCCGUUCUCUCUCCAAGCGGUUAUAUUCCACCGAGGCAUCCAGCCCACCUUACAUUAUCACACGCACUGAUGCAUCAGGCGCGUUACCUGUCUACCUAGACAUCAAGAACGGAGGAACAAGAAGCCUCACCAUCAUUCGUCGGGUUCAAGGAGAUGCGGAAGCAUUGAGACAGGAAGUGGCUGCUUUGUUCCCGGAUACCCCCAAGAACUUUGUUACCGUUAAUCCUAUUAACAAUCAAGUCGUCAUUAAGGGUUCAUAUGUGAAUGAUAUUAAGCAAUGGCUCGCUCAAAAAGGCUUUUAAGCCAUUAUACAAAAAUUUGUAAAAU